GCCUGGGAGACUGGCGGAAGUCCGUGGGCGAGGGGAUCCCGCAGUGCAGGAGCCGCGCGGCCGUGGGGCGCGGUGGCCUGGCCGAGGCUGCUUGGCUUCUUCCGAAGAUGACGCGCUUCGCCUUGACCGUGGUCCGGCAUGGAGAGACAAGAUUGAACAAGGAGAAAAUACUUCAAGGACAAGGAGUGGAUGAACCACUUUCCGAAACGGGAUUCCAGCAGGCGGCGGCUGCGGGUGCCUUUCUGCACGCCGUGAGGUUUUCACAUGCUUUCUCCAGCGAUCUCACCAGGACCAAACAGACUAUGCAUGGUAUUUUGGAGAAAAGCAAAUUCUGCAAAGACAUGACAGUGAAAUAUGAUUCCAGACUUCGAGAAAGGAAGUACGGGGUUGCGGAAGGCAAGGCCCUCAGUGAGCUCCGGGCAAUGGCCAAGGCGGCUGGCGAAGAAUGCCCUUCCUUCACGCCUCCUGGAGGCGAGACGCUGGAUGAGGUGAAAACGCGUGGGAAAGACUUCUUUGACUCUCUCUGUCAGCUCGUGCUGGAAGAAGCGAGUCAGAGAGAGCAGGUUCACGAACCAGGGGCGCCCAGCCUGGAAGCCUCUCUGGCCGAGAGGUUCCCUUGGGCAGCAGCGCACGGGCCUGCCUGCAGCCAGGGCCAGGGUGGCAGUGAUGCUCCCGGCCUGGCAGCCAGCGUCCUGGUCGUGAGUCACGGGGCGUUCAUGAGGAGCCUGUUCGGGUACUUCCUGACGGACCUCCAGUGCUCCGUGCCGGCUGCUCUGAGCAAAGCCGAGCUCACGUCGGUCAGUCCCAACACGGGCAUGAGCCUCUUCUUCGUGGACUUGGAGGAGGGAAGAGACGCCAGGCCGGCCGUGCAGUGCGUCUGCAUGAACCUUCAGGAUCACCUCAACGGACCGGGCGACACCCACUAGGGUGCCCGCCUCCCUCGCGGCCUCGUGCCUUGCGCGUUCUUGCUUCAUUUCUGUCCUCUGCUCUGGCUGCUGGGCGGAGCUGCGCAGCGGGCUCCGGGGCUCCA